CUGUGCUCGCCUUCUCGUGCUCAGACAUGGCUGAUGUUCAUAUCAGACAAAGCGAUCAUCUCACUCCCUACAGCAUGCAGCUAUCACCCAAAACCCUAAUGCGUGGUCACGUGGAUGGGUUUUAACACACACAACCGGGUAAAAUGUCGGUAAACAUCGAGCUUUAUGGUCAGACUAUGGUUGUCGUCGAUCGAUUGCUAAUUAUCGUGUCCUACGUGGGGAGUGCGGUGGACGAGAACAUAUAUUUUGUUUUCGUUGCUAUUUGAGUUGUUUCCCCUAUAAUAUAGUAUGUAGUUUCGUCUCACCAAUAUGCAAAAGAAACAACAUCUAAUCUAACACAGGAUGAAUCGAGAUUGAUGCACACAUGACAUAUUUAUUCCAUAAAGAUACUAAGUGACCGUUAGAAACAGACAUGGGUCUCCUUUUCUGAUUCCAAAUAAUUAUCAGCGAAUUAGUGUUGUUGUUUUACAUAUAUAUGCCGAUGCCUUGUAAAUCCACGGCGGGAUGAUGUCAUGUAUCAGUGCGCCCCACGUGGGGCCGUCGCUCUCCGAUAGGCGGACGCGGCCGUGUUCCUCAGGAGUGAUCCGAUUGGACAGAUAGGCGCUUUCACGGCAGCUCGGUCUCACUGCCUGUGUGUGGCACGGGGUGGCUGGACAGCGGGGAGAUGUGAGCUCUCAGAGUAGGCCUAUACCAUGUUACGCUUUUAAAGAAUUUCUAACCCUCUUCAAUUUGGAAGGAAGAUUUCGAGCACUAUUCUGGAAUUAAUCGGGCCGAAGAGGACGCAUUUUGUGGAGUUCCUUGCGGUCGGAUCACAUAGUUAAAUCGAGUCUAAGCGCACGGAAUCCGGAGGAACCAGCAGGCUGGAGCUGGCGCGGUGCGCCGCGGAGGAUGCUGCGCGUCGAGCUCUACGCACGCCGUGCGUAACGUUGCAUUACGGACCACUAAACCCAUGAAUAGGACGGGUUUCCUCCAGAGAGACCGAUCACAGUGCGGACCACACCGAUUAUAGCGCAUCCACGGAGGAUUUCGACGAGUCCCCCCCCCCCAUCCCCCCCAAAAAAACACGAGCCCUGUUCGCCUGUGUGGAGAGUGGCGUUCAUACAUCCUGUGGAUUCCACACAUUAACAAAGGAUACGUUUUACCAUGUAUCCACAAGGCCGACAUCCGGCUCCACACCAGCCAGGCCAACCUGGCUUCAAGUUCACUGUAGCAGAGUCUUGUGACAGGAUAAAAGAUGAAUUUCAGUUCCUGCAAGCCCAGUAUCACAGUCUUAAGGUGGAGUACGACAAGCUGGCCAAUGAGAAGACAGAGAUGCAGCGCCAUUAUGUCAUGUAUUACGAGAUGUCCUACGGCCUGAACAUAGAAAUGCACAAACAGACGGAGAUCGCCAAAAGGCUCAACGCAAUUUUAGCUCAAAUUAUGCCCUUCCUGUCACAAGAGCACCAGCAGCAGGUUGCUCAGGCAGUGGAACGGGCUAAGCAGGUGACUAUGACCGAGCUCAAUGCCAUCAUCGGGGUACGUGGACUUCCCAAUCUGCCUCUCACACACCAACAGAGUGCCUACCCAGCUCUCAUGCAGCAGCAGCUCCAGGCCCAGCACCUCAGCCACGCUGCGCACGGGCCCCCGGUCCAGCUGCCCCCCCACCCGUCAGGCCUGCAGCCCCCCGGGCUCCCAACCGUGACUGGCGCCGGCUCGGGCCUCCUGGCCCUCGGGGCCCUGGGGAGCCAGGCCCACCUCCCGGUGAAGGACGAGAAGAACCACCACGACCUGGAGCACCGAGGUAGGGGACGUCUGUCUAAUAACUCCAUAUCGCCUUCCGAGAGCCUGCGCACUCCCAGCGAGAAACACCGGAGCUCCUCGGACUUCAGCCUGGAUUCUAAGAAGCGCAAGGUGGAGGAGAAGGACCGAUACGACAGCGACGGGGAGAAGAGCGACGACCUGGUGGUGGACGUGUCCAACGAGGACCCUGCCACCCCACGGGCCAGCCCCGCCCACUCGCCACCGGAAAACGGCAUUGACAAGCCACGCCCCCCCAAGAAGGACACGCCCAACAGCCCCGCCUCGGUGGCGUCCUCGGGGAGCACACCAUCGUCAAAGGCCAAGGAGCUCAGCCACAACGACAAAUCCUCCACUCCCGGCCUCAAGUCCAACACCCCCACCCCACGCAACGACGCCCCCACGCCUGGCACCAGCUCCACCCCCGGGCUCCGGCCCAUCCUGGGCAAGCCCCCAGGCAUGGAGGCGCUGGCCCCCGCCCUGCGGCCCCCUCUCUCCAUCGCCGGCUCCUACCCCACCCCGUUUGCCAUGAUGGGUCACCACGAGAUGAACGGAGGGCUGACCAGUCCUGGCGUGUACGCCGGCCUGCACAUCUCGCCCCAGAUGAGUGCGGCGGCAGCUGCAGCCUACGGCCGCCCGCCCAUGGGCUUUGACCCCCACACGCACAUGAGGGCCCCUGGGCUCCCCGCCAGCCUCGCAUCCAUUGCCGGCGGGAAACCGGCCUACUCCUUCCACGUCAGCGCCGACGGGCAGAUGCAGCCGGUUCCCUUCCCGCCGGACGCGCUGAUCGGGCCGGGCAUCCCGCGCCACGCGCGGCAGAUCAACACCCUGAGCCACGGCGAGGUGGUGUGCGCCGUGACCAUCAGCAACCCCACGCGGCACGUCUACACCGGGGGGAAGGGCUGCGUCAAGAUCUGGGACAUCAGCCAGCCCGGCAGCAAGAGCCCCGUGUCGCAGCUCGACUGUCUGAACCGGGAUAACUACAUCCGCUCCUGUAAGCUGCUGCCAGACGGCCGCACAUUGAUCGUGGGGGGCGAGGCCAGCACGCUGACCAUCUGGGACCUGGCCUCGCCGACGCCCCGCAUCAAGGCGGAGCUCACCUCCUCGGCCCCCGCCUGCUACGCCCUGGCCAUCAGCCCCGACGCCAAGGUCUGCUUCUCCUGCUGCAGCGACGGCAACAUCGCCGUGUGGGACCUCCACAACCAGACGCUGGUCAGGCAGUUCCAGGGCCACACGGACGGCGCUAGCUGCAUCGACAUCUCCCACGACGGCACCAAGCUGUGGACGGGCGGGCUGGACAACACGGUGCGCUCCUGGGACCUAAGGGAGGGCCGGCAGCUCCAGCAGCACGACUUCACCUCCCAGAUCUUCUCCUUGGGCUACUGUCCGACCGGGGAGUGGCUCGCGGUGGGCAUGGAGAGCAGCAACGUGGAGGUUCUGCACCACACCAAGCCCGACAAGUACCAGCUCCACCUGCACGAGAGCUGCGUCCUCUCCCUCAAGUUUGCCUACUGCGGUAAAUGGUUUGUGAGCACGGGGAAGGACAAUCUGUUGAACGCAUGGAGGACUCCGUAUGGCGCCAGCAUAUUCCAGUCCAAGGAGUCGUCGUCCGUGCUCAGCUGCGACAUCUCUGCCGACGACAAGUACAUCGUGACGGGCUCUGGGGACAAGAAGGCCACGGUGUACGAGGUGAUCUACUAAACCAGAGGACCCAUGCUCCGGGUC